ACCAAUCAUCCCAUUGCCUUGUCAUCCAGUCGCGAAAGGCGGGCGACAAAAUCCCGCCCCCCUCCAACUGCGACGCGAUUAAAACACCGUUGCGCCGCUAUCGAGAAGGUUCGAUCCUUGAAAAAGGCAGCAGCGGCGAGCCGGCGAGGGAACCAAUCAGAGACGUCGAGAUCACCGACGCCACAGCCGCUGAGAGAAGACUCGUCGGCGGACGCGCCGCGAUGGCGGUGCCGCUGAGGCUGCCGCUGCUCCUGCCGCUGUUGGUGGUGCUGACGGGGACCGGGCUGGUGUGGGGCUGGGCCCAGCAGGAUAAAAUUUUGUUGCGAGAAAUCCAAGCCCUGACACUCUACCCAGGCAAGUUUACAAAUUAUCGACGGACAUCUCCAGUUCCCCAGUUGCACUGUACUGGAGGCUCAGCUGGAUGUGCAGCUUACACCCCUGAGGUUGUCCAGUGUUACAACAAAGGCUGGGAUGGCUACGAUGUACAGUGGGAGUGUAAAGCACACAUGGAUAUUUCAUAUCGCUUUGGAAAAAUCGAAGUAAGCUGUGAAGGCUACGAUUACCCGGAUGACCCUUACAUAUUAAAAGGAUCGUGUGGCUUGGAGUACACAUUAGAAUUAACCAAGGAAGGACAGCAGAAAGCGAAUUCCUUUGGUGGGAGUUACUAUUCCACAACGUCUCAUGAUUCAUUAGGCUCAGGUGCUGGAGUGAUCCUCUUAAUAUUAUUUGUGGGCCUUGUUUACGGCGUCUACAAGCUAUUUCUCUGUGAUAACCGGCCACAACAUGGUUUCUCUGACGGUGAUGGCCAUCCAGGAACCAAUCAGCAGGAUUAUCGAAGUCCACCUCCACCAGGAUUUAAAUCAGACUUCUCACCUCCUCCAGGAUUUAAAUCCCACUUCACAGGUGAUGCUGGUGGCUCGUAUUCUGGUUCAAAUUCAAAUUCAGGGCCAGGAUUCUGGACUGGGUUAGGUGCUGGAGGGCUACUGGGAUACCUGGCAGGCAACCAAAGGUCAUCUACGUAUCACCCACAUUCACCUUACCAUAAUACGUGGGCUGGUCCAACUGCUCCACCUCCUACAUUUGGUGCUUCAAACAGCUCUGCAACGUCUUAUUCAGGGACAAAGUCCACCUCAGCUUUUGGAGGCACAAAACGGAGAUAAAGUUCCUGAUUUGCUUGAGUGUGUGAAUAAAAACAACUUUCCAGCAAUUUU